GUGAAGCAUCAUCAUAGACACGGCACCCAGCGUUCGCAGAGUUUAAACCGUGGGCACUCUUUGUCGCGUUCUGAUGCGACCUGGUGACAUCACGGGACCACGGGCAGCGUAGUUCAGUGCGCCGAAUGUGGCGCGCGCACGAUGGGUAACAAACUGUCGUGUUCCUGCGCACCAAUCCUCCGCAAAGCAUAUCGCUAUGAGGACAGCCCGUGGCAAAAUUCCCGACGACGUGAUGGACAUCUCUUGAGACUUUGGGCAGAAGUAUUUCACGUGUCAGCGAGUGGCGCUGGCACCGUGAAGUGGCAGCAGGUAUCCGAAGACCUGGUACCUGUGAACAUCACCUGCAUACAAGACUCGCCAGAAUGCGUAUUCCAUAUUACCGCAUACAACUCCCAAGUCGACAAAAUCCUUGAUGUUAGACUAUUGCAACCAGGCACUCGUAUUGGACAAGCAUCUGAAUGCUUUGUGUAUUGGAAAGAUCCCAUGACCAACGACACAUGGGGCUUAAACUUUACAUCUCCUAUAGACGCGAAGCAGUUCAGAGAAUGUUGCUCGCCUUCAUUUAAAUUCUCACGGAAGGCAUCUUCGAGCUACAGCCUGAAGCUGGAGCCGCCGGGGAGCAAACAAAAAUUCAAGACAAAGAGGAAACCGGUCUCAACACCAGCUAGUCCAAAUCGAUCAAGUCUUAGUUACGGACGCGAGCCACAAUGCACCUGCAUGACACAGGAACAAUAUGCCAGGCUGAGAGCACAAGAUCCAAGAUACCGCUCAUCAACAUUACCGCGUACCACCACUCGGGCUAUAGAGACAGACGCGGCGGCUGCAGCUGGGCGGUCAGACAAGGUGGCUGCUGCUACAUCAUCCACAUCACUCUACGACAACGUCGCUACAACUCAGCCAGCUCAACAGCCGCCUAAACCCGCGGCACGUCAAAGUGAGACUCAGCCGCCAGCUCGUCCGCCGAAGUCCCAAGAAACAUCUACCAUGACAACAAAUACUUCAACAGCGCCUAAGACUGUAACUGCCUCCGUUGGGACACACGGAAAUACGACCACCGAAGAAACCACACAAGUGUCCAGCACUGGAUCGACAAAUCAACAUGGCCAAGAUUUGAAAUCUGAAGGCGUUCAAGCUGGUGGUACUUUGACAUCCUCCAAAUCAUCAGCAACAUCAACUCGUGCUGGAAAGGAACAUCUACAGCAUAUGCCUAAGAGUAUUGAUUAUGGAGAUGGCAAUGAAUCGGGUCGUGAGUCAGAAAGACAUAUGCAUAACCACAAUGUGAUUAACAACAACACGUCGGGUUCGCGUCGCACAAAGUCCAAAAGCACUGAAGAUAUGAAUAUGGACCCAAACACGCUGAAACGUAUGCUCAAACCCAUGCCCUCUACGGAGAGUCCCAUCACGUCCCCAGAAAUGGGACGAAGGAGGUACGCGGCAUGUCCCUCCUCCUGCUCGCACUCACAUCGCCACCCUCACCAUGGACAUUACACCCACGUCAUCAAUAAUAAUAGCAGGCAGUCGUCGCAGCGGUAUUCGUCUGCUAGCCGUGGUGUCGGCGUGGGUGCCGCCCCAAGUGGCUAUCCUGGGCGUGGACUGUAUUUGGAGCUGGGCGGUGGCGAGAGAGAUGUGUCACCACCCUCAGAUAACGUCAUGUUUGACAAUCAAUGCUAUGCUACAACACCCUCGUCGUCUAAUGGCAAUUCCGACCAAGAACAUUGCCAACGCAGAGAUCCGAGACAACAUCACCACAUGAAGCCGUGUCUCUCCCGCCAAGCAUCGCAGCAGAGCGCUACUCCAGCUCCAGGUUCUCCUACAUCACGCCUACUGUUGGAAUAUGAGAUGCAUCUAAGAAAUACACUAGCUAAGGGAAUGGAUGCUGAGAGCUACAGUUUGCAUACAUUUGAAGCACUUUUGAGUCAGAGCAUGGAAGACUUGGAAUACAACGAAAAUCUACCACCUUCUAAUCAGCGGAGUCCAUAUCCACCACGACGACGUCCUGGAUCUCAGUGUUCAGGCGGAGGAAGUCGCUCAUCAACACUUCCGCUUCCGCAUCGAAUGGGAGUGGAAAGGCAGCACAGUGCGCGAUCGGACCGCGAUGGAUAUUACAGCGAUCGCAAUGAAUUAAUGAGGGAGCGAGAGAGGGAGCGGGAACGCGAGAGGGGGUAUCUCAGUGAUCAUAAUACAAGAGAUCGGGUGAGAGAUCGUGACCAGGGUUACUUGAGUGAUCAUCAAUCUAGUUUCGCGAGCGCAUCAAGAUGUGCAUCGUGUAUCGGAGAGUCGGCUCGCUCUGCGUGGUACCGUCACUCAGAUGGGUGGAGGGGGCAGCAGCCUUCUGGUCCUCGCCGCUCCCCAUGGGACUCUCUCCCCAGCCUGCGUCACGAGGGAAGCCUAAACGAUUCCGGAUAUAGAAGCAAUCGGGCUGAUAGCUUCGAACAACGUGGUAUGUUUGAUCGCCAAGACAGUGUACGUUCUGAAUACACAAGUGAUCGGGAAUCAUCUCGCUACGGCAUCGUACAACAGGCCUCAAUCGACAGCACUGAUUCCAGGAUUUGCUAUUUGACUUCCAGUGAGAUAUCCGACGAUGAUCGCAUGUCAUUGACGACGGCUGUUUCUGAUGAAGAGGAUCCUGGUGAGAGCGCAAUGAAUUCACCGUACAAGGGAAAACAGACUGGUGCUGCAGCCGCCUCUUUCAAUUGCACUGGCGCUGUGAGAAAAGCUGGAUUUUUGAGCGUCAAAAAGUGGCUGUUACGGAAGAAACAUCAAAUCGAGCUGGCUCGGAAACGAGGCUGGAAAGGAUAUUGGGUCUGCCUCAAAGGCACCACUUUGCUCUUCUACCCCUGCGAUUCACGCGAGGGUCGAUCCGUGGAAGCUGCCCCUAAACACCUAAUAAUAGUCGACGGAGCAAUUAUGCAACCCAUACCAGAGCAUCCAAAACGCGAUUACAUAUUCUGCUUGAGCACUGCAUUCGGUGACGCAUAUCUAUUCCAAGCUCCGUGUCAGGUGGAGCUCGAAAACUGGGUAAAUAGCAUACAUAGUGCAUGCGCCGCGGCGUUCGCUCGCCACCGAGGCAAGACCGGAACGCUUCAUCUACUUCAAGAGGAAAUUUACCGGCUCGAAAAAGCCAUAGAAUCGGAUCACAAAUUGAAACACAUGGCAGAUCUACAACAGUCGGUGGUAUCUGACCCGGAAACAAGAGCUCAGUUGGCAGUGCAAAUGCUACAAUGGGAGGAGAAUCUUGAACGACUGCAUUGCGAACAAUUCAGACUUAGAUGUUACAUGGCCAGUCUGCAAAGUGGCGAGCUUCCAAACCCUAAGUCUCUGCUUACACACGUUUCCCGGGGCACAAAGAGCACAUUAAACAAAUUGGGCGUGUUCACCGUGUCGUCCUUCCAUGCGUUUAUAUGUGCUCGUUCCCCAUCUUUGCUCAACAAUUUGCUCGCGGGCAGAGGGGCUACUAAACGAAGAGCGCCUAAUCUAUCAAGAUCUAAUUCGGGCUCCAGCCGGCGCUCUAUGCAGAUGUCCCGUGAAGAGGGUGAGGCUGCUGUACGGGUGUCAUUGCCUGAAGGAACUACCGCCACCGUUGGUGUUCGUGAAGGAAUGACAGUUGAGGAGUUUCUUGCCUCUGCGUGUGUGCGCCGUUCUCUUAACGCGCUGGAACACUUCGUGAGGGUUAAGAAACGACGAGAUAUGGAGGACCAUAACUACUUUGUGCCACAUCGCUCGGAUCUCAUUGAGACAUAUUUGCACACACACGAGGUUGUGGAAGUUUGCGCGAAGAUCUUAUACCAAGUAGAACUGCAACGCACAACUUUGGAGCAAAUGUGGGGCUUCAGCGUAGAGGCCGAGCUCAUUGAGAACGCCGAGAGACAAGACGAGCUUUGUUGUUACGUCAGUCGCGUUGAAGACAAGAGCGUCGCCAUGCAAAAUGGUAUCAUAAAAGGUGAUGAGAUAAUGGUGAUCAACGGUGCAAUAGUGUCCGACCUAGAUAUGAUGUACCUCGAGAGCGUACUACAAGAGGAGCUUUCCCUCGUCAUGAUGAUGAGGUCAUCCCGCACGGAGCCGCCAGAGCUAAGCGGUGCGAUGCGCGCGGCCACUGAUGAUAUAAUCGAUUCGCUGGUAUGUCCGCCGCCACCCACCGACCCACCCGUCAUCUCCGAUGACAUGAUAUCGGGGCUCAUCGUGCCCGCGCCUGCUUGGAGCAAGGAACUGUACAGUCCUGAAACAGACGGGCAUACGGACGCGGCAUCAGGACCACCCAAAGUUAGUUCUCGAACUAACUCAUUUGAGAUCGAAAACCUACUCAAGUGUGGGGAUGUGCGUCAGAGCGCGGAGCAGGUGACAGGGUGGUGCCGGUCCCCGGGUGACACGCGUCGCGCGAGCCCCACUGGCAGCCUCGCGAGCGCUGCGGUUACCCCCUCAAGGCACCUGUCUGACGCUGACAAGCUGAGGAAAGUACUCUUAGAAUUGGUGGACACGGAACGCGCGUAUGUCAAGAACCUUAAUAAUUUACUGGAGAAUUACUUGGAACCGCUGAAGAGGGAAACUUUUUUAUCGAACGCGGAAAUCAACGCUCUGUUCGGAAACAUUCAGGAGAUUGUAACUUUCCAAAGACAGUUCCUGCAAAACUUAGAAGAAGCGCUGGAAGCUGAACCUAACUUCCACCAUUUAGAAUUUUCUAAUCAGUUCAAGAAUGUUCUAUUCGCUGUUGGAAAUGCAUUCCUUUAUUACGUAAAUCACUUCAAAUUAUAUAGCUCCUUCUGCGCUAGUCACAGCAAAGCUCAGAAAGUCUUACAUCCAAAUGAAGGCAACCAAGCGUUGCAAGAGUUCCUUGCGGCUCGCAAUCCGAAGCAACAACACUCAUCUACUUUAGAAUCGUAUUUAAUUAAACCGAUUCAGCGAAUACUUAAAUAUCCGCUAUUACUUCAACAACUCCGAAAUUUGACUGAUGUCAACUCUGAAGAGCAUCUUCAUUUAGUUGAGGCUUUAAAGGGUAUGGAAAAGGUUGCUGAGCAUAUAAAUGAAAUGCAACGAAUACACGAGGAAUAUGGUGCUAUCUUUGAUCACUUAUUUAGGCAACACCAAAAGUCAUGUAAGCAACCAAUAGACUUAAGUCCAGGUGAUUUGCUGUAUUACGGAGGCGUAGAGUGGUUAAAUAUAUCGGACUUCCUAGGAAAAAUUAAAAAGGGACUUGAAUUACACGCUAUGUGUUUUGUAUUUAAAUCCGCCGUUGUCUUCCUUUGCAAAGAAAGACUAAGGCAAAAAAAGAAAUUGAUGGGCGUUUCGUCAAAGAAUAAUUCCAAUGAAGUAGAGAUUAUUAGGUAUCAAGUAUUAAUACCAGUUACUGAGGUACAAGUUCGUGCUUCUUCAGCUAAAGAUAUGGACAGUCACUUCUUGUGGGAGCUUAUACAUUUGCGAAGCCAGCUUCAGCGUCGCUCGGAAAAAGUAUAUGUGCUGUCUAACAGUACGGCUGACUUUCGCAAUGCCUUCCUCAAGACAAUUCGUCAAAUAAUACGUGAGUCGGUUCGCAAUAUGUCGCUACCGACCACUCGGCCCGCGCCAACACCACCACGAGCGCCGCACACGCUCGACAGACCUAAGCAACAGGUUCAAGUAAUGCAAGGAUCGCAAACCUUAGGGAAAACAAAGAAACCGAAAACAUCUGGACAGAGAUUAUCUGCUGGGAACAUUGAGGUCGGUAAUCUGUCACGAGAUAAUUCUCAAGACGCCGAAGACACUCCGCAAGAAGAAGAUCACUCGUUCAGACUUAGAAGCAAAACAGUUGGUGAGGCACCAGCGUGUGAGAGCAUAAAGCGCACUCCUCCGCCUCCGCCGCCCACAGACACGGAAAAGUCCGAGGGCGGGUCUAAGUCCGAAGGAGAAGACGAACCCCCCGCACCACCCGCCAAGAGAGGGUUAGGACGCACUCCCAACCACCUCACGCUCAGCACAACAUCGACCCUAAGCGCUGGAAGUACUGGCAGCCAAGCCCGCCUCAUCCAAUCUUCGCAUCAACCCACUCAAUAUCAACCCACUAUGGUCAAAGAGCUAGGUAAGCAAGAGUCACAAUCUUUAAAAUCUUCUCCCGAAAAGAAACGCUCAGGAUCCGAGAAGAAGAUUAAAGUCAUCCGCUCUGGCAGCGGCAACAACAUUCACAGAGAGAGAUCUCCCAAUAGAUGCGAUCGCUCCCCCGACAGGGACAAGGUCACCAAAGUCAUCAUUUGCAAGUCUCCAAACAAGUCCAACCUUAAGCAGUCCAAAUCCCUUCACCGUUCCCCCCGUGGCAGCUUCGACCAAUCGAAGUCCCCCACAAUCGACAAAUCCCGCUCACCGCAGCAGAGCUUCGACGGCUCCAAGUCCCCUCGCGGAAGCAUCAUGAAGUCCCGCGAAAACAGCAUAGAUAGAGCAAAAUCACCGAAACCGGCCCCAAAAAAGGGCAUCAUGCGAACACCUCAGGCCAGCUUCGACAGGUCUCCUUGCAAAUCGCCUAACGUGAGUCGGCGAUCUUCUAAAUCCAGCGGCGAGAAACUGGCCCGCCUCGGAACCAACUCCUUAGACAGGAUGACCCACUAUUCUCAAUUGGCGAAAGUGGAAGAUAAGGCAAUAAAGAUGGGCAUCGUCGUGUCCAAGUCCACUGAAUCCAUCGCUAAAGCGAUUGAGCGUCCCACUUGUGUCGAGUGUUAUUUAUCGGGGAAGAAGCAGAGCAAGACCUCUUAGCAUAAGGGGAGGGGCAAGUACCCAAAAACUCGUAAGAAAUCAAUGGCGCCCCAGUCCAUUCUGACGUCAUCGGACCGCAGCAGUGUGGAGACUCUGGACGACGUUGCGCACGAGCGAGGAUAUUGCCCUUCACCACGACAAUGCGCUAUGAGCGAUUUCGAUCAGAUUCACGUUUAAAUUGAUUUUUAACAGAACACCAUCGAGGCCGUAUGUAAUUUACACUAUAAUUGGCCGAUGUCAUUAAUAAUUUCAAUUGACCUUUUAACAAGACUAGAAUGCGACAUAAAAGAAUAAUCAAUGUGUCGAAGCAAUGGCGCUGGUAUCAACUGCUAUUGUCAUUAUCAUUUAAUAACAUGAACGUCAAAUUCAAAACCGUACUAUGAUGUAUUUGUUUUGUUGAUGUUUCUAGAUCUAUAAAUUAACGACUAUUUGAUAGUGUUGUAUUAAAGUCGUCGCAUUUUAAACUGUGUCGUCGGGCAAUAAAUGUCACUGACAGUAGGAAUGUUCACGCAACGCCAUUUUUGAUACUUGGCUAACUACGCACGCACUCUGACUCCUGAUUGGUCGUUACUAGUUGUUGUUAUUCUAUAAAAAUAAGAUUUUUUGUUAUGACACUUAUUACAUAAUAUACGCUCCGUUACUCAAUACGCACAAUGGAGAAUGUAUUUUCUUCCGUCUUAAUAAAUUAUCCCUAUUAAUACUUAACAUAAUUUGGCAUAUCGAUCGUACCUAUCCCAUUAUGGACAUUAACCCCUACAAUUCUUACGCACAUCAUAUCCCGCAUCAUAUACACCACAUAUCCCGAAGCCUCAGUUCAUAAUGCGUCGACUAUAGUAACUUCAAUCAUUAUUAAUCAUGUCGGAGUAAUAGUGUUAAUGUCAGCUGUCACUGUCAUUACAAUUCGAUGCUUGUAUGGAGUCUUUAUUACUAUCGAAUAGUCGUUAAUUUAUCAACAUUGACAAAUGAAAUAAACCAUUCGUAUUAACGGUUUUGAAGUAAUUAGGCUUUGAUGUUAUUUAAUUAUAAUGACAUUGGCGGCUAAUACCAGCAACAUUGCUCUGAUAUAUAUAUUAAAAAAUAACUAUGAAAAAAUAUCCAAACUAUAUGCGGUAUCGUUGUUCUGUAUUUUGGAAAGUAAAUGGCGAUUUGCUCUAUCGACUGGUAAAUGGAAUUGACUAGAGAUGUGCUAAGUUUUCGUAUUAAAUAUUACUUAUAUGUAACCUUACAUAUUAUAAUCGAAACACCAAUAAACGUAGGAGUAGCGUAGAUAUAACACCGAUAUUGUUACCAGAAUGCUAAGUUCAAAGUAUGUAUACGUAACAUUUUAACCUAUUGAAUAUAUUAAAAUCAUGCUUAGUGUAGCAAAUUGCACUUACGGUAAGAAUAGCCAUACACAGAGUCGUUCAUUAUCUCUUAUAGUAAAUAUUUAAAUUAACUAAUCAUCUUGAGUGGAAUCACCUAGCUGGAAGCCUUUCAAGCUUCACAAGAAAUUUCUUUUGCGAACCUGUGAAUUGUGGAAUCGACUCCCGGUGGGGUUGUUCCCUUCCCUAUGCUCUUCCUUUAACUUGAUGUGCAUGGGCUACGAUGACUGCCCUCUCUGGGCGUCCCGAUAGCGCCUUUGCCUCAUCAUAAAAAAAUCAUUAUUUUAAAAGCUGAUUACGAAACCAUAGAGCGAUUUUAAUAUUUACUCUGUACUGUUAUUCACACUAUAUGCAAUAUACGAGUCGUUGAUUUCCAUAUUUAUUUAUACAGAAAUAAUUAUAAGUAAAUACUCUUAUUGAGUCUUCUCCAAUUGGCUUCAUCUCUCUCUCUCUAUCUUGAGCAUUUUUUCCAAUCUUCUCCACCAGCUGCCUUGAGGUCGUCAGCCCGUCGUACAAGAGGGUGAUCUCUCUUUCUGAAAAGGCCACUAUAUGCAUUUUAAAAACAAUAGUACUGAAAAUAUAGAAAGCUAUGAACGACUCAGUACGGCUGUCGUAGUAACAAUAAUUUUAAAUAGAUGCCGUAAUCAUAAUAUUCAACUUUAAUCCUAGUAUCCAAGUGCUAAGUGUUAAAUUUAAUGGCUGUGGAAUCGAACUGAUGUGUAUCCUUAACAUUAUUCAAUUAUAACCAUAAUUCAUAUUCUUCAAUUUUUUCUAUUAUCUUUAAAUAUAAACAAUAAAUUUUUAGAUACCAUUUAUUAAGUCUUCCAUUUCUUAAAGCAUUAAAUUAUUUAUAUAAUUUUAUUACGAGCUCAAUUUAGAAUUAUAUUAAUAUAUUUAUUUUUACUAUCAUC